CAUUGCCGAAGUGAGCCGGAGCACCGCGCACCUCUGAUCGGGCUCCUCUCGGUGUCACAGCGGCUCUUUGUCGGGGGCUGAAGUCACUCGCACUCUGCCCGCUGUCUCACGGACGUGUGUAAUGUCGGCAGACGGACACCAGGACUCACGCAGCGGCGGUAGCAGAGCAACGUAGCAUCCCCACAUCUCCAGGCGGCGGAUGGUUCGCUGGGCUCGGCUCCGACAGCAGCAGCAGCCCGGUGUCCUUUGUUGUGUCGGCGGCAGCGGCAGCUGGCGUUGCUCCGAGGAGACGACGACAUGUCUGCGGGGACAGAAAUGUGUUUUCGUGUAAGGGACGGAGCCUCCUGGCGUUGAGGCGCGGAGGAGAUACGGUGACUGCGGAGAAAGUACCCUCGAGUCUCCCCUGUGCCCGCGCCCGCAAUGUUGGGAUAACGGCGGCAUCUCCUCACACAUUGAACGACGUUUGAGACGAAAUGAAGCCAAAAUAUCACAGAUGCAAAUGCAGCCAUCUUGAGACCAAGACGUUAUUUGGAGCCAAAGUCUGUGGAGUAGUGAUUAAGUGAUGGGGCUGCAGUAUCAAGACCUCUCCUACGUCUCUCCCCUUCUACGAGGGAACAAACCACUAAGACAACACCGACCUCACCCCUCCGACCUCCGCCUGUAAACCAAUGAUGACGUCCCCGGACUCUCCCCCACUCGUUUCCCCUUCUCCAUGCCCUGCUCCACCUCCGUCUGUACCCUCCUCUCCUGUGCCCUCCUCCCCAGCCCCGUCUUCCUCCUCCCUGCCUGCCCCACCCUCGCUGCCUCCCACGGGGGAGGUGAUGGUGCUGGCGCUGGGCAGGAAGAAGCAGAGGGUGCUGAUUGCUCUCACUAUCCUCCCCAACCUCUUCCUGGCCUUCCUGCUCUCCUCUGACCCGCUCAUCACACUCUCCCCGCCCCACCACUGCCACCUGCCGGGGCCCCUGCCGUCGCUGGAGGUGCUGAAUGCCUCGCUGCCCUGGGAGAAGUCGGAGAGGCUUCGGGACAGAAGGGGCCCAUCCCAGUGUAAGCAGUACGUCAACGGCAGCCAGUCAGCAGUGGUGGACUGUGUGGCUGGCUGGGACUACAACGUUACAGAGGGGCUGAGGAACAACAUUGUUACGGAGUGGGAUCUGGUGUGUGGUCAGUACUGGCUGGUCCCUGUGGAGGAGGUGUGUUUCAUCCUGGGCGUCCUCACUGGCUGUCUGGGUCUGGGCUAUGCUGCAGACAGGCUGGGCAGGUCCAAGACUCUGCUGACCUCCCUGACCCUGUCGGUGGUGUUCGGGGUGCUGGUGUGCGUCUCUCCGUACCCCUCCAUCUUCAUCGUUAUGCGUUUCUGUCUGGCGGCUGCUAGUGCGGGAGUCUACCUCACUCUGUACAUCACCCGUCUAGAGCUGUGUGAGCCCUCUCUGAGGCUGGUGGUGACGAUGCUGGCCGGGCUGAUGACUGUAGCUGGAGAGCUGCUGCUGCUGGCCGUGGCACUGGGCUGCCAGUCCUGGAGAGGCCUGCUGGGAGCUGGGGCCGCACCGCUGACACUGUUCCUCAGCUAUGGCAUUCCUGGAGUGUUUCCAGAGUCCCCUCGCUGGCUCCUUCUGUCAGAGCGAUCUGCAGACAUGAACUCGUUCAGCGAGAGAAGAAACUCCAACAGAGAUGCGAGGGAUGACGAGAGCUUCACAGAGCUGGAUUCAGAGCCGUCCACCUCCUCCCGCCCCCACCUGUCCUUCCCCGAGCUCUUCCACAGCAAGAACAUCUGGAAGAACAUGUGUGUGCUCGGCUUCACCUCGUUCAUCUCUCAUGGCAUUAGUCACUGCUACAGCUCGUUCCGAGGUGACGUCAGAGGCACUGCCCCCAGUUUCUAUUGGAUGUACCUGUUGCCUGUGUGCGCAGGCGGCGGCGCCUGGCUCCUGCUCUGGACAACCGUGGACAGGUGCGGUCGCCGCGGCAUCCUGCUCCUCUCCAUGACGAUGACAGGGCUGGCCUCUUUGAUCCUCCUCGGACUCAUGGAGUACCUCAGUGAGACGGCCAUCACCGUUUUCUCAGUGCUGGGUCUGUUCUCCUCUCAGGCCACUGCCUCACUCUGCAUCCUCUUUACCGCAGAAAUCAUGCCCACCGUUAUAAGGGGCAUUGGCGUGGGCAUCGUUCUCGCUCUGGGCUGCCUGGGCCGCCUCAGCUCCCCGCUCAUGGACCUGAGGAACCACUACGGCUACUUCCUGCACCACGUAGUCUACUCGUCUCUGGCGCUGCUGGCCGUGUUGUCCAUCCUGCUGCUGCCCGAGAGCAAGAGGAAGCCGCUGCCACAGACGCUGGCCGACGGUGAGCUGUACAGACGACCCCCGCUGGGCAGGAGGAGGAGGGACAACGUGCCGCUGCUGGCGACGCCCAACCCAGAGACCUAAACGAUCCAGAGACAAGAGGCAUAGACCGUGUAGCGUUGCAGCCAGGACAUUUACAAAUGUCAUGUUCCUGCAGAGGAGAAAAAGGAUGGAGCGGUGCAGAGACUUAAGAUGGAUGGAGACAGAAUGAGGUCGAAGCUUCCUGUCUUCCCGACACAGGCUGAUGGUUCAGCUGCCAAUAUUCUACACCUUCAUCUUUCUGUUUCCUGUCAUUUAGACGUGUUUGAAUGUGUUUGAAUACACUCCCACACACACCAUCUUUUCUACAUCUCCUCAUGACAGACCCCACACAGCAAGAUGUUGGCUGCUUAUUACUGACCAUCCAGACACAACGAGGAACUGAAAUUAUUCUUUGUCUAAACCUGCGUAGACUGUUUUUUUUUGUCAUGUCUGCUGUGUAUGACGACACAAAAUCUGCUCAGAAGUGUACGAAAAUUACACAAAGGUAGAUUUUGUCUACUUCUUUUUAGCUGACACUCCAAACAGAGUAGGACUCUGUUCUCUGACGUCUGUUCUAACACUAUGGGGGCUGUGGGUGAUACAUGCCGUGUAAAUACUCUAGACUUAGUUUCUUUAACUUAAGCUUGAGUUUUGGAAACUAUGCACAGUAUGCUAUGCAGUGGAGAAGCAGUGCAGAGGAGUUUGUGAGCACAAAUUAGCUAUCAUCAAUAUUGAGAUCAGAGGCAAAUAAGCAGAACAAAAAGGCCUUUAAUCAGAAUAUCAUGUUCGAACCACCGAAUCUGGCCUGGAGCCAGCGAUAUUUAUAACUUAUGUUGUUAAUAAGCAUAAUCAAUAAAUUAUCCAGAAGCUGGAGGCUUUUGGUUCUAAGCUAAAUACUGUUAAAUUGGUUUGAAAUUAUGUGGCAUGAAGGAAAAGUUCCAUUUUCUCCGGUCCAGUGACUGUCACAACAUUCCUGUCUGCAUGUCUGGAGGAACUUGAAGGGCUGGUUUUCUUUCCUCUGUUUUACUUCAGUAAUUCUCUAGAUGGCCAGUCUCCGCUGUAAGAGAAUAGACGGGUACAAACAAACUACAUUAGAAGUUUUAAAGUGUCUUGUGUGUAACCAGACACAUACAUUUUUUUUGUCAGGACAUGGAGGUCGUUUGUUAUUUGAACUGAAUGUUUUAUCAAUGCUGGAGAAAGGGCCCGAUGACGACGCUCUGUGAGGUCUAAGUGGGAGCGGGUGAGGGCCCCUGCAGCUCCGAAUGAACCCACCCCUCUACUCCUCCUCGGCCACACAUCAGAGAUGGCUGUUCUUUAUUUUGAGUGUGAAAUCUUGACAGCGUCUUUGUGAUGAUGUGCUCGGGUAAUUAUUUUUCUCAAGUCGGGUGAGUGGCAUUAAGAGAACGAGGUGGGGGGGGGGGGUUGAGGAGCUAUUGAAGGACACUGAACCUCUGCUGGCGCCCUCGUCUGUCAGCCUUUGGUAGUUUUUCUUAAUGUCCUGUAUGUUGCACUCAACGAGUCCAAACACUUAUACACUGAUUGUUGUUAACUUGGCUCGAGUAAUAUUAUUAUACCUGACAACACUGUUGAUCUGUUCAAUGACGAGUGUGAUGUUGUUAACUCUGUAGCCUGAUUUCAUGUCAAAUUAAACUUGUUACACAAACGACA